AUGGCAAUGGAACAUUCAUGCGCAACACCACUUUUUAACGAAAUCGACUCAACACCAAUUCCCCAAGAACUUAAAGAGAACGAGGAGUACCAUUUAAGGUUAUGUCUAUGCCCCCUCUGCAAACAUGGGAUGGAAGUCUUCGGCGCUAAGAGACCAGUCUCUUGGAUAUUGAUAUGUCGGGUCAUCAUCUACUCAUUGAUGGAACUUCACAAGGGCACCAUUUACUUCUCACUGAAAGACGACAUCCAUGGCUUUGUUGCAGAACAUUGGCAUAUCUUCGGACAACUCGACCAAUUCAAAACAACACCAACAAGAUGGAAAAAAGCCUUUCUCGAUGGGUUGUCUCACAGUCCAUACUUCCAGAGUGGAACAUUGACACUGAAAAAACCCAACUUCUGGAAGUUAAGACGUAAAGAUUGCCCAUGGACAAAACAGAAAAAAUGUAAUAUAAUCGAAGACGACGAUGAGCAGAACCAGACGUUUUUACCUCAAACAUCAGAGAGCUCACCUAUGCCCGACUUGGGCGGAGCGCCAACAAGAGACAAUGCCAAAGAGUUUCUCAAAAUCUCGCUUGAGUUCACAAAACAACAACUUGAGAAGUGUGGUACGGUGUGUGGUAACUUAUCGUCUGAUCCGACACUCUCUCAAAACAUGAAAACGCUGAUUGAACAAUUCAAUUGGAUUAAAAGCACGAUAGGUGUUGUUUCUGCGAAUGUUGAAGUCUCAUUAUGA